GAGUGGCAACGCUGCAAGCUGGCAAUCCGAUAGUUUCUUGUUGUUUUUUUGUAUAAACAAAGUCUACAUUUGUUAUUAAUGUUAGAAAAUAGAUUCGUAAGCAAAAUCAAAAUUAAAAAGAUAAUAUUUUAGUAACUAGCCAAGUGCUUUAACCAGAGAUCCAUUAACUACAUGGUUCUUAAACGUACUUAAAUACCUUUGACAUGAGCAUUAACUGGAUAAAGAUCACCGAAAGAGCCCGCGAGGGCAUCAAAAUCAUCAAUGCCCUGCCCUACGAGACCUUCAGCACGGUUUUGUGGUACACCCACCGGCAGAUGAGUCCCAGUGGAGCGUCGGGAGCGGCGGCGAGUGCCGCCACUUGUACAGUGGGCACCAGUGUGACGACCACCGGGCGAACGGACAGCAGUACUGAGGAGAAUCCCUCAAGCGGCACGGAGCCGGAGUACACGCUCGAGGAACUGGAGCGACUGGUGGGCGUUCCACGGGCGGACUUUCUGCUCCUGAUCAAGACCUUCUCCUACAUCCUGCGCCGCAUCUCCACGUUCAUCAUCAAGCCUAGCCUGCUGCAACGUGAGCUGCGCGACAAACUCCAGCUGGAGGACGAGGCCAAGAUCGAUGCCAUACUGCGGUUGUGGGUGCGCGAAACGACGCCCAUUACGAACAAUUUGGCCAGCAAGCGAUACGAAUCGAAUGUCAUCGAGGAUGUGGCCUGGAAACUUAACUUGGAGGUCUCCUCGCACUGCCAGCAGCGGGAGAAGACUCCACUGGCCGUUCUCCAAAUGAAAACGGGCGUCGGCGAGGAUAUUAACAUCGAGAUGACGCACCCGGAACUGGUGGAGCUGUUUAACCAGUUUGAGAACAUCCAGGGCGAACUGGACGCCAUGCUGGCCUUGAAGGCACCAGACGCCACAGCUGCAGGCAAUCAGUAGUGGAACACCAUCGACCAUUUCCCAGUGCCAAUCAAUCUGCUAAUCGGCAUGAUCCCUGUGCAAAAAGAUGGACCUAAAAGUAUGCAAUACUAACACGAUCGUAGCCAAAUGUUAAACACUUUUUAAAUUGAAUUAGAACGAUUUUUACCAGAUUUUGGUUCAUUUUUAGAUCGUAGCCAAAUGUUUAAAGAAGAAUAGGUUCCGCUUGAAGUUGUAAAUUAUAAAGUCUUCAUUAUUAAUAUAUUUUGAAUGUUUUAGAGAGUUAUCAAUGAACUCACAAAUAGGACUAGCAGAAAAUAUGUUUGUAGUACCAAUCAAUGAUAAUAAUAAUAAAAAAAACUAUG